AUGAGCGACUCUACUCCUGUUCCCAGCGUCCAGACUUUUGGCAAGAAGAAGACCGCCACCGCCGUUGCCCACGUUAAGGCCGGCAAGGGUCUCCUCAAGGUUAACGGUUCUCCCAUCACCCUUGUUCAACCCGAGAUUUUGCGCUUCAAGGUCUACGAGCCCCUCUUGAUUGUUGGUCUCGACAAGUUUGCCAACAUUGACAUUAGAGUCAAGGUUUCCGGUGGUGGCCACGUGUCGCAGGUUUACGCCAUUCGUCAGGCUAUUGCCAAGGGCCUCAUUGCUUACUACCAAAAGUAUGUUGAUGAGCAGUCCAAGAAUGAGCUUAAGAAGGCUCUUAUUUCUUACGACAGAACCCUGCUUAUUGCCGAUCCCAGAAGAUGCGAGCCCAAGAAGUUUGGCGGUCCAGGUGCCCGUGCCAGAUACCAAAAGUCUUACCGUUAA